GCAGUUCCAUGCACCAGAGUCUCAUCUAACCAAUGUCACAUCCGUCAGAAGUGGACGAUAUCACAACAAUAAACUACAUCUUGCACUGGCCGUACCUGGAGAACCCAAGCAACACUACCUUCGUCGGCCACUCACAAAUCGACAUAUGCCGCUGUCCAAGACCUGAUCUACCACCACAAGACGAGUUAGAGCCAGGCCACAUCUACACUCGAUACAAAUGUCUAGGACCAGAGGUUCAGUUCAAAUCUGGGGACGAAGAAUUAUGGGUAUUGCAAGAGGCUCAUGGUCCGAUCAAUAUGCUGCGGCCAGCAACGGCGGAGGAAGCUGAGCGAAGAAAGCAGAUACACGAUGACGCAGACCCUUCAGCAUAUCAACGUCACAACUUUAUUCUUCUGACAGGCCCAUGUCCACGCGGGCGAUACCAAGCGUAUGCCACGCAAAAGUGGCUGGAAAGUCUCAGUGCAUCGGCUCGACAGAAUAUAUCAAGUCUCUCUCUCCUCAUUCAGUCUUACGAGGAAGACUGCUUAGAGCACUUCAUCAAACAGGCAUAUACAGAACUGGCAAAGUACAUAGUACAGCAUCUUUCAGGGUUCAAGACACUGUGUCUGCAUUUUUGGAACGACGGAUGGACAUUAUGGAGUGCUGUCGCCGAAUUCAGCGUUAUUUUUGACAUGGCGGAUGCGAAGAUCGUCAUUAAGGAUGACCGCUGGUUUGAUGGGUACAGCGAGUGUGCAGAUUCUAGUGCGUUUUUGGGACUCAUAUAUGAUAUGGAUGAGGCAUGAAUAAUGCAAGGUUCAAGUCAUUUCG